UGCCUUCUUCCCACUAAGUUCACACUUAGCCUCCACAGGAGUCCAUUAAGCUAAUCACUCGCCGCAAAACACAAACACCGAAUCACUUUAGUUCAGGUUCAAAGCUCUCUGCAUCCCCGCUAAUUGUGAACCCAUUUCGGACUGUGAUCUGGGGAGUUGUUCGGUGCCGAAGUAGAUCACCGACACUGCCUGGAGUUGGGUCUACAACAUGGCUACACUCUCUGGAGCUGUGAGGGAUCCUUUUUGUUUUAUACCCUGUGGCAAAGAAAGCGACAUCCUCGCACACCUGGAGGAACUGGCCGAGAUUUGCACCGCACUGACCAGCCCUGUCAACGUGCUGGUGCUGGUAGUGGCACUCCGACGGGAGGGUAGACAAAUGUUUGGGUCGUCUCUUUUUGGUUCAGAGAUGGAGGUUCUCGAUCCCCUCGCGGCUCGGCUUGACUUACCUUUGGAACCUACUUGUGUGCUUCAAAGCUCACGCGAUUCCGCUUGUGAGGUGGCGCAGAAGCGGGUUCCGAUUCCAAGAUAGAGAAAGAGACAGUGAGUGAGUGAGUGAGUGAGUGAGUGAGUGAGAGUGCACGGAACGUGGUGUGGAGAGUGGAUGUGCCUGGAGAUGGUCAAAAACCUGAACCUGAAGGGGCUGGAAGAAGUGUGCCACGUCUGGGCGCAUGUGGUGGAAAGUGAAGAAGCAGGAGGAGAAGAAGAAGCAGCAGCAUUGCUUGGUGGCCAGGAUGUCCAGGCAGCGGUGCCGAUGAAUACGACAAGACAAAGUGGGUGCUCCUCUCUCAAUUCCUUCACCACGCUCUCACUCCCUUUGCUUAUUUGAUUGUUUGCUUGUGCAGUUGUUCUUAGUUUGUAACGUCUCCGCAGUCUUUAGGGAAAUUGGUGAUCCAUUUCGCAUGGAGUUUGCUUUUAUCUUCAAACAACAAGGCAAACACGCAACAGGCUCAGAAUGGCAAAAUCUCAUGGUUUUCUCACUGAGGUGUAUAAUUUCACUUCACUUCCAGAGCAGUGUAGAAGUAAUAACACAAUCCCAUCUGUGUAUUUAUUGAGAGUUUGUGCUUAUUGAAGAAAACUACGCGUGUGGGUGUUGAGAGUUGAA